AGGACCUGAGGGCUCAUACCCAAGAGUCACGCAGUUGGGUGGCAGGGGGUUGCUCCGCUCUUUGUCCUCUGGGAGGUUAAUUAAAGAGGUGACCCCAGGAGGCUGGGCAGACUGACCUCUCCAACUGUCCGAUUGCCUGCCUGGCAACAGGCGGUGGGUAGAAGAGUCCUGUCUGCUGACCAUGGAGCACCGUGUGAAAGUGAAGUCUUGGGUAGAAGAGAAUCGGGCCUCCUUCCAGCCCCCGGUUUGCAACAAGCUUAUGCACCAGGAGCAGCUCAAAAUCAUGUUCGUGGGAGGCCCCAACACCAGGAAGGAUUAUCACAUCGAGGAGGGUGAGGAGGUGUUUUACCAGCUGGAGGGAGACAUGGUUCUCCGAGUCCUGGAGCAAGGAAAACACCGGGAUGUGGUCAUUCGGCAGGGAGAGAUAUUCCUCCUGCCCGCCAGGGUGCCCCACUCCCCUCAGAGGUUUGCUAACACCAUGGGGCUGGUGAUUGAGAGGAGGCGGCUGGAGAGCGAGCUGGAUGGGCUGAGGUACUAUGUAGGGGACACUGCAAAUGUCCUCUUUGAGAAAUGGUUCUACUGCGAGGACCUUGGAACACAGUUGGCCCCCAUCAUCCAAGAGUUCUUCCGCUCUGAGCAGUACCGAACAGGAAAGCCUGACCCUGACCAGCUGCUCAAGGAGCCGCCAUUCCCGCUGAGUACACGAUCUGUCAUGGAGCCUAUGUCACUGAAGGCAUGGCUGAAUGGUCACUCCAGGGAGCUUCAGGCAGGCACAUCCCUCAGCCUGUUUGGGGACACUUACGAGACCCAGGUCAUUGCCCAUGGACAAGGUAGCAGCAAAGGCCCAAGACAGGAUGUGGACGUGUGGCUGUGGCAGCUGGAGGGUUCCUCUACGGUGACAAUGGGAGGGCAGUGUGUAGGCCUGGCCCCAGAUGACAGCCUGCUGGUGCCGGCUGGGACCGCGUACAUGUGGGAGCGAGCACAAGGCUCUGUGGCCUUGUCUGUGACACAGGAUCCUGCCUGUAAGAAGCCACUGAGGUGACCCUCGUGUGUGGGCCCCAAGAGGCAUAGGGUGCCUGAGAGCUGUCCUGGAAGCUGCCAUUUCUAAAUAGCUCUUCUAGGAUCAUUGCAUCUUCAUGGACAUGAAGCACCUUAACUGGCCCCUUGGUUGGUUGUGGCUUUUCCCUAUCAUCUACCCUCCUGCCGUCCUCAGCCCAGGAUGCCAGACUCCUAGAGCACCAGCAGCUCCCCCUCUCUUCUAACAGUCAUUGUCCCACACUGUUCAGCUAGAUACGUAUUAUCCCCAUGAGCCCACCAUCCUGCCCCCGAGAAAUCUCUCAAUAAAGGCAUCCUGGUGAACGAA